AUGGCUGUGCGAAGCUGCGGUGAAAGUGUCUUUGCUGUACUGGAGAAUAUGUCGAAGGCUUUCAUCGGAAAACCUGCUCCCGAUUUCAUCACAAAGGCUGUCUACAAUGGUGAUUUCAUCGACGUGAAACUAUCUGACUACAAGGGCAAAUACACCGUGCUCUUCUUCUAUCCGUUGGAUUUCACAUUUGUCUGCCCCACAGAAAUCAUCGCAUUUUCCGACCGUAUCGAGGAGUUCAAGAAAAUUGAUGCCGCGGUUCUUGCCUGCUCGACUGACUCCGUUUUCUCUCACUUGGCGUGGAUCAAUACUCCCCGCAAACACGGUGGACUAGGUGACAUGAGCAUUCCCGUCCUUGCCGACACCAAUCACCAAAUUGCAAAGGACUAUGGUCUUUUUAUUAUUGACCCCAAAGGAAUCCUGCGACAGAUCACCAUCAACGACCUCCCAGUCGGCCGCUCUGUAGAUGAAACGCUCCGUCUUGUUCAGGCCUUCCAAUUUGUUGAUAAGCACGGAGAGGUGUGCCCUGCAGGUUGGACUCCUGGAAAAGCCACCAUCAAGCCCGGUGUCAAGGACAGUAAGGAAUACUUCAGCAAAGCAAAUUAA